AUGAUCAAUGUUAUCGUCUCUCUCAGCCACGACGGACUUAGAUUCUGGAUCACUACACGUCGAAAAACUGGGGGACCAUCCUCAAACCUGUUUGGAAGCACCCGGGAACUUACAAGACCACAAUUUGUACAGGAAUUCACAUCGGAUAUGGAAAACAUUUUUGGGAAACCACUCAGGUGCCCAAAUUUCAGAUUCUCGUUACCCCUCCCCAUCUCUGGUUCUACUGACAAUUUAAACUCCCCCCCUGCCGACCAUCGCACGCUUUCAGCAGCAGAAGCUGUACCAUCCGGCUCACCUUCCGUGGCACACAUACCUUCUACGACUUAUCCAAGCCCUCUUGCGGCCACCACCCCAUCUGCUGCUUCACAUACACCCCUUCUUGGACCUCCUGAGGCGGCUGUUUCAUCUGGCACCUCAUUGACCGCUCUAUACGCAGUCACCACGCACCCCUACAGCCUCAACUACAUUACCUCCCCUUCCUGAAUGUAAACGCGACCACAAUACCUCCCCUUCCCGAACCGAAUGUACAGUACCUCAUCAUAUUUGGCAUAUAUAUCAUUUGAAAAAC